CUCCCUCCCCUCCUCUUCAGAGUUGGUUCAGAGGAAGUCAUGGAGAGGAUCGAUCAUUUCAGCCAUCCACAUCCUUUGGUGCUUGUGGAUCAAGAGCCCGGUGAUCAUGGAAGUCGAAAAGGUUUUUGUUCUGGAUGCAACGAAGCAGUAGAGGGUUAUUGUUAUAAAUGCAGGAAAGCGGCAGAGGAUUAUUGUUCUGGAUGCGAGGAAGAAUUAGAGGGUUCCAGCUACGGUUGUGGUGAGUGUGGAUUUUUCCUUCAUAAGAAAUGUGCUGAGUUACAGAGGAAGAUCAUUAAUCACCCCCUCCACUCCGAGCUCCCUCUUACUCUUCAUUUGGAAGAUUAUGCUCAUAAUAGCUAUUGCACUUCACUUCACCGCACCAUCAAAAUAAUAAGGCAUCCACAUCCACUUUCUCACAUCUAUUGCUUUCAAGAUGAGGAAGCUGGAAGACGUGAAUGCAAUAUUUGUCAUGAUGAAAUAAAUCUGGGAUAUGGGAGUUACUGCUGUUCAGAUUGCAACUAUUUUGCUCAUAUAAAUUGUGCAAUUGAUGAAGUUCUUUUAGAAGAUGAAAGGUUCAAACCAUCAGAUGACUUGAUUGCUAUCUCUCCUGCUUUUCAGGAAAUCAAACCUGGCGAGAUAAAGCAUUUCAGCCAUAGACACAACUUAAUAUUGAGUGAUGAUGGGGUUGAAGAUGGCCAAAGUUGUGAAGGUUGCAUGCGUUCCAUCUCUACUUCAUUUUACUAUUGUGCACAAUGUAAUUUCUUUCUCUGCAAGUGCUGUGUUCAUGGGUUACCCAAGGAGGUGCGUCACUGGAUUUGCAUGCACUUAAGAGAACUCUUUUUCUAUUCCAUCUUUUAUUGUGACUAUUGCGAGUUUUGGAGUAGUGGGUUUGGCUACCAUUAUGGACAAGAGCACUUCCUUUUCUUUGACCACAAAUACAUAGGGAAAUGUUAUGGUUGUGAUGAUUAUGGUUUUAGGGGCAGUUUUAGAUGCGGGGACAAGAAAUGCAAUUUUGCCUUGAAUUAUAGAUGCCUUGUGCUACCAAAAACAGCUUCGUACAAACAUGACAAUCAUGCUCUCAAGCUUACUUAUCGUGAUGAUCAUGAUCUAAGUCAAUGUUGUUGUGACAUAUGUGAAGAAGACAGAGAUCCGAAAUAUUGGUUUUAUCAUUGUAGUGAUUGCAAUGUUUUUGCUCAUCUUGAUUGUGUGCUUAGGGAAUCCCCAUUUGUCAAGCUCGGGAAACCAUUCCAGAUUGAGGGUCAUGAACACCCUGUCACUUUGGUGAAGAUAGAUUUUUACCCCCCUGAAUUCAACUUCUGUUGUGAACCUUGUAGAGAUGAUCUAUCCAUUCAAUGCACAGAGCCAGAUUGCACCUACAUAAUCCAUUCGCAGUGCUACUGGGAGGAUAGAGAUGUUCGGAAUUGGUAUCUUCUACAUACAGACUGAAGAGCUGACACUGGUAUUGUUCUUAUGAUAUUAUGUCUCUUAUUAAGGUACACGAAAAUGAGAUAUCUCAUUUGCACUUCGUUUUGUUUUCAACUGAUUUUUAAGUUUAAUUUAAUCUUCUAGCUGUCGGAUGAUGUGGUCGGACUAUAACUUAUUUGUUUCUACCAAAUAUGUGAUAUGAUUAUUGUUUGAAAUUUGAAUGUAUUGCUUUAAAUAGUUGUUUUUUCUUAUCAAUAAUUCGGUUGUCUCUGUAUUUCAAAUACCAGAAAAACAUUUCUUUCUUCUUUUCUUUUCUGAUUUUGAUGUUUAUUUGUUUCUCUGUGUCCUAUAUAUGCUUUCUUUGAUGGUUCAUAGAUCCUGUACUUGUACUUCUACACACAAAGAAAAUAUUUUAAUAACA